AUGCCGACGAAGGGAAAAUGCAAAGAAGAGGCAGAGGACUUUCAACCACUUCCUGCAAAAUUUGAACUGAAAAGUAACUGGGAUGUGGAUGAGAAUGAUAUCAAGGACUCAUGGGAGGAGGAAGGUGAACCAGCUCCGCUAAUUGUAAAGGCUGCUACUGAGAAGGCUCCAAAGAAAGCAGCACCAAAAGUUGUUGAAAAGAAAGGUAAAACUGUUGAAGCUCCAAAAGCAUCAUCAAGGGAAGAACCUUUAGAUCCUAUUGCUGAUAAACUUCGCAUGCAGAGGUAA